AUGGAUGCGCAGGAGGGCACGCCGCCACAUGAUUCAGCCAGCUGGUUCAAGGUUAGAAAGGAUUCUGGGAUUUUCAAAUACUACGGCCACUUAUAG